AUGGACAAGUUUCGGAUGAUCUUCCAGUUUUUGCAGUCCAACCAAGAGUCCUUCAUGAACGGCAUCUGUGGCAUCAUGGCGCUGGCCAGUGCCCAGAUGUAUUCUGCCUUUGACUUCAACUGCCCCUGCUUGCCGGGCUACAAUGUGGCCUACAGCAUGGGCAUACUGCUGACGCCUCCCCUGGUGCUCUUCCUGCUUGGCCUCGUCAUGAACAACAACAUAUCCAUGCUAGCCGAGGAGUGGAAGCGCCCCGCGGGCCGCCGGGCCAAGGACCCAGCCGUGCUACGCUACAUGUUCUGCUCCAUGGCUCAGCGGGCUCUCAUCGCACCGGUCGUCUGGGUGGCUGUCACACUGCUGGAUGGCAAGUGCUUCCUCUGUGCCUUCUGCACAGCGGUGCCGGUGGCCACGCUAGGCAAUGGCAGCCUGGUGCCCGGCCUGCCUGCUGCAGAGCUGGCCCGCCUGCUGGCCCGAGUGCCCUGCCCUGAGAUCUACGAUGGGAACUGGCUGCUGGCCCGAGAGGUGGCCGUGCGGUAUUUGCGCUGCAUCUCUCAGGCGCUGGGCUGGUCCUUCGUGCUGCUGACAACAUUACUGGCAUUCGUGGUGCGCUCUGUGCGGCCCUGCUUCACGCAAGCUGCCUUUCUCAAGAGCAAGUACUGGUCCCACUACAUUGACAUUGAGCGUAAGCUCUUUGAUGAGACAUGUACGGAGCACGCCAAGGCCUUUGCUAAGGUAUGUAUCCAGCAGUUCUUUGAAGCCAUGAACCAUGACCUGGAACUGGGUCACACCCAUGGAGUGCUGGCCACCGCCACAGUCACAGCCACAGCCACCACCGUGGAGGCUGCUCAGAGUCCCUCUGACAGGACAGAGGAAGAGAGGGAGAAGCUGCGUGGUAUCACUGACCAAGGCACCAUGAACAGGCUACUCAUGAGCUGGCACAAAUGCAAACCGCCACUGCGGCUGGGCCAGGAGGCACCACUGAUGAGCAAUGGCUGGGCUGGCGGUGAGCCCCGGCCUCCACGCAGGGAAGUGGCCACCUACUUCAGCAAAGUGUGAG